ACACACGCACACACACACACACACACACACACUCACAUAUAUAGCCUAUAUCUCUGCUUCAUUCUCUUCAAGAUUUCAUAAUCUUGGAGCUUUCCAAAACUCAAAAUGUGUCCAACCGGCACAUCUUUGAAGCCAAAAGCCAUGGCAACGACGACGACAUGGCCAGAUUUCAAGCCAGCGUUCGACGUGCUUGAUGUGGACCACGACGGGAAGAUUAGCUGCGAGGAUUUGAAAACGUUUUACGCAGAAUAUGGGAAAAACGACAACGACGAUGAAGUUAUCAACUUAAUGAUCACUGUUGCGGAUUCUAACAAAGACGGGUAUGUUGAGUACGACGAGUUUGAACGGGUUUUGAGUUAUGGAGGAGGAAACAAGAGAAACGGCGUUAAAGCUGGUGGUGGGGUUCUGGAGGACGCGUUUCGGGUUAUGGAUAAGGACGGAGACGGAAGAUUGAGUUUGAAAGAUCUGAAGAGUUACAUGAAGUGGGCGGGUUUUAAUGCAAGUGAUGAAGAUAUCAAGGCUAUGAUUAAAGUGGGCGGUGGCGUAGGUGAUGAAGAGGAAGGUGUUUCUUUUGAUAGGUUGCUGAGGAUUCUAGCCGUUGAUAAUGUUGGCUGAUCAAGUCUUUGAUUUGUCUUUUUUAGGGUUCUGAGGGAACAAUUGUCAAUAAUCAAUUUUCCAAAUGUAUAAUUUUUUUUUUUUUGUUUAAUUGCAGUAAAUCAACAAGAAAAUUCAUAA